AUGGCUCUCUGCGUAUCAUCACAACCGUCCAGCUCGGACCACCGCGCACGGCCGUCACUCACGUCGCCCGCAGAUAUGAUGCGCUCCAGCACCUCCCCCGCAUCAUUCGCCCGACACCACCGCUACCCAGCGCACCAGCCCUCCCCUUCCGGUUCGCCUCCUUCACAAUCCUCCUCACCUGGCGGGUCCGCCUUGGGCACGCCUUCGCGCUUUUACCAAGCAUCAGCGCCUCCGCCCUCGGGGGAGGCAAGUCAAACGCUUCUUCCGCAGGAGCAGCAGGCGCACGCGUCCCUCGAUGGUCCAUUUGCGCCGUCCUUCCUCCAGAUGCAGCCCCGCCGCCCCACGUGGCUCCCCGCGGACCAGCAGGACGAGCUGCUCGACGACGACGCCCUGGCGGAGCCCCCCGUGCGCGGAACUGCGCGCGGCAUCUCACGUGGUGCCAGCUGGACAGGUUCCGCGUCUGCCCACGCGGUCUUCGGCGGGCGGCCGCGUAGCGCUGCGACUGUUGACGGAGUGCUGGGUGGAGCGCCGUUGAGCAGCGAGUCGGUGUGUCCGAUCCCCGCUGUCAACUGGAAGGAGGAAGCGGCGAUGUCGUCCGCGGUGUGCCCCAUCGCGCCUCAGGACUGGCGCGCUCUCUCCCGUACCAGCAGCGCCAGCAACAGCGAGCACGACUUGGCCGCGUCGUCAGUCCUCAGCACCGGCGCGGGUCUCGCCGGAUCUGGCGGCGCCUCGACAUCGCCGGGGUCGCUAUCGUCGGCGGGUAGCUCGCCGUUGCACAGGAGUCCGUUGAACAGCGGUCCCCUGCAGAGCACGUCGUCGUGCCCGCUGCCAGCGGACGUGUUUCACGGCGCCUUGACUGGCGGCGUGGGGUCCGCGUCUGCUAGUUCCGGAUUGAUUGGCAAGGAGUCUGGCGCUGUUGCGAAUGGCGUGAGUGGGGUCUUACCCACCGCAGGCGCGGUUCCUCUUCAUGUAUCGCUCAGGGAGCAACUGCUGCGCGCGAAUAGCGGCUCCUGUGCCUACCAAGGUCCCGCAGCCGCGCGACCCGCCAUCGGUCGCAUGGCGAUGUCUUGCUCUAACAGUCGCCAGUCGAGUGGUAACUUCGCUGGCUACUCGCGAAGUUCCAACUGCAGCCCUGCUCGCGAUUCUUCGCACGGCAGUGAAGACACGGGAUCAAACGGCGUCAACUGGCAAGAGCUCGACGACCUGUGCCAGAGCAUGGACGCAGCAGGGAUUAAGAUAGACCAGAUUGACCUCACACCCCUGGAAGAUGCAUCAGAUGAUGUCCAUGGCCUCUCCUCUGCUGCUGCUGCUGCUUCCUCUUCUGGUUACUCUGGGAGAAACUUGAAAGCCUCUGCUGCUCCUGAAGCUGGGGAGGGUGCUGCUCCUGUGAAGUAUGCUGUCAAGUUUGGUGGCAUGUCCAUGUGGCACUCACCUUCUCAUUAA